CUCUAUCACAGUGGACAGAACUACAGAGGACAAGCGCACCACUGACGAUCAGCCUUUGAUUGACAAUCUGGGUCGUCGAAUUAGACCAAAAAAAGGGCCACUCCGAAACGCACUUAGGUAUUAUUCCAUCCAAUCGGCGCGCGUUAGGCGGACUUUAUGCAAAUCUACUGCCCAGCGGUACGCGGCAGCUCAUUCAUUUCCACCGAGCGCGAGACAGGUGCGACUACCGGAGGGUUAUCAUAUGAGUGACUGUGCUUGAACAAAGUUCGUUCUCCCAAGAUCUGCAGGGAAAUUAUACUGAAAAUUGUUGCUGAAAAAAGAGGAUCUACUGUUUCUCCGGACAUUUGAGGAAAGGGUGACGAGGCCAUGGGGAAACACAACAGCAAGCUGGCCCCGGAGGUCCUGGACGACCUGACCAAGAGCACGGAGUUCAACGAGGCCGAGCUGAAGCAGUGGUACAAGGGCUUCCUCAAAGACUGCCCCUCUGGCAUCCUCAACCUGGAGGAGUUCCAGCAGCUCUACAUCAAGUUUUUCCCGUACGGCGACGCUUCUAAGUUUGCCCAGCACGCCUUCCGGACGUUCGACAAGAACGGGGACGGCACCAUCGACUUCCGGGAGUUCAUCUGCGCGCUGUCCAUCACGUCGCGGGGCAGCUUCGAGCAGAAGCUCAACUGGGCCUUCAACAUGUACGACCUGGACGGGGACGGCAAGAUCACACGCAUGGAGAUGCUGGAAAUCAUUGAGGCCAUCUACAAGAUGGUGGGCACGGUGAUCAUGAUGCGCAUGAACGAAGACGGGCUGACCCCCCAGCAGCGCGUGGACAAGAUCUUCUCCAAGAUGGACAAGGACCACAACGACGAGAUCACCCUGGACGAGUUCAAGGAGGCGGCCAAGUCCGACCCCUCCAUCGUGCUGCUGCUGCAGUGUGACAUGCAGAAGUAGAAGCAGGGGGGGUGGGGGUCAUGUGUGUUAAUAGUGGGGGUGCGGGGGAGAUGGUUAAAGACGAGGGGAGGUAUCUCUAGCUAUGAUUGAAUGAGGAAGUUGAAAUGAAGAUAGAACUGGUGGAUGAGGGAUAUGGUGGGUGAGUUUGUGUCUUUGUAUGUGUGUGUGUGUGUGUCCUCACAGAAGUGUGUGUUAGGUGACGAUUUAUGGAGGGGAAGAGUAAAGUACUUCUUUUGGUGUUGCUGGGUGUGUGUGUGAGAAAGAGAGAGAGUGAUAAAGAGAGAGCGAGAGAGAGAGAGAGAGAGAGAGAGAGAGAGAGAGAGAGAGAGAGAGAGAGAGAGAGAGAGAGAGAGAGAGAGAGAGAGAGAGAGAGAGAGAUGAAAAAGCAUGAAAAGGCACUGUGUUGAUAAAAGACAGGACUGGGAUGGUCCUUGCUGAGAGAGUGUGUGUUUGUGUGUAUGUGUGUGUGUGUGUGUGUGUGUCUGUGUGUGUGUGUGUCUGUGUCUGUGUGUGUGUCUGUGUCUGUGUUUGCGUGUGUGUUAGGCAGACAUCUGCAGGGCGCAUCGUGUUUGUAAAAACCCUUCAAGGCCAAGGCCAAUCCAGGAGAGGCCCACUGGCACCAAAAACUUAAGAGCUACUUGGGUUGUUGUGGUUGUUUUGUGUGUGUCCCGUUUGAUCACUGACCCCCAACAGACAUACGUGCCAUCUUUCAAAGAGACGGAGGAGGGAUGAGAGAGACACGGAGGGAGGGAGAGAGAGGUAGAGAUGGGCAUACAUUUGAAAAAGAGAUACCAAACACAGUGUGUUUGUGUGUGUGAGUGUGUGUGUGUCUCUGUGUGUGCUUGUGUAUGUUGUGUUGAUGCCUGUUUCUGUGUUGUUAUGAGGGUGAAUGGAUGUAUAGUCCAGAUAUAUAAAGCGUAUAACGUGGAAAUGCCUCCGGUCUGGGGGAGAAUUCGCCUUUGUCAUCAUCUCAUCUCAGUGAAUGAAACCAAUAGCCAAAAGGGAGGGAGAUAAAGGCUUGGGGGUGGGGGGGGUGAUGGGCACACAGUCAUUGCAUACCAUAUGUAAAUGGUGGUUUUCAAUGCCUCACUGUUUCACGUGUACUUUUUUUAUUGCACAAAAAAAAAAGAAAAAAAAAGAUAAUCGCUCUCAAUCUGAAGCUUCUUCCUAGACCCCCUCGCCCGCCCCGUACCCUCAGACCCAUCGCGGCUACUCUCUCUCUCUCUUUGUCUCUCUCUCUCGCUCAGCUCCGCUUGCUUUAAAUGUCAGAGCGGAAAUGCUUUGAUACUCGGCGGAUAGGAGGAACCUCGCUGAACCCUGCUUAGAUCUAAAAUCAAUCUGAAACGCAGUGAGGAGGCGGCUCGUGCCAUGCGUGUUGUUGUUGUGCACGCACGGGCGCGCGCGCGUGUGUGUGUCUGUGUGUUCGUCAGAGAGUGAGCCAAUCUGUGUGUGAAGCGUGUGUGUGUGUGUGUUUUGUGUCAGGGCGCCUGCAUACACAAGCAUUUAAACGAUAUUCAUGUUAACGAUAUUAACAUGAAUCUCACGACCCAUCAGAUUGUCUGGCAAAUUAAAAUGCCCCGAAGAUGUACACGAUACAACAUGACUCUAAUCCUACAUUUUAUGUAUAUAAAUAUAUAUAUAUAUAUAUAUAUAUAUAUAUAUAUAUAUAUAUAUAUAUAUACAUAUGUAUCUAUAUAGAUAUGUAAAUGUAGGCUACCUCUAGCCAAGAUCACCGUUCAUAUAAAACACCAUUUGACUAAUUUAGUGUACCAAGAAUGUGUGUGUGUGUAUGUGUGUGUAUGUGUGUGUGUGCAUGUGCAUGCGUGCGGAUCUGCGUGCGUGUGUAUGUCAUGCAAAAAAGUACGACAACCCUGUGCCUGUAAAUGCUACUGCGCAGCAGGCUCAAAGUCAGGGGACUUUAGCCAAGCAGUUACCUGUACUCUGAAUGAGCGCUUGUAUCGUGGAUGUAAAACAGAGAUGCCUCGAUAUAGUUUAUCCCUUGAGAUAGAAGUACUGGUGUUGCCCCCCACCCCCACGCCGAUGCACUGAGUAUUAGCCAUGAUCCAGAUACACUUGCUUUCGUGGUCCGCUGGUAAACCGCUACGUACUGUCUCUCUUGAUAUGGGAAGUGUUGUUAACGUUUCUUCAUGCUGUAGCCCACUGUUGCAAAUAGACAACAUAUUCACAUGCAGAUGUUAUGUUUCUUAGAACCAAGAUCGGAAACGUGUUUGGCCACGAGGAAAUAUUGGUUUGUUCUGAAGCUGUUAGGAAACGUAUGUGUCACACAGCAUAGUGGAAGAAUGAGAGAUUAAUCAUUCUUGUUUAGAUUUUAAUCUGUGAAAGUUUUUUGGACUAAUUACUUGUUUUAACACUGUUAAUUAUACAGUGUAUUAAUUGUUUUAACAAAGUAAAAAAAAAAAACAUUCACCAUACAAGAAGGUUUUAACUUUGCCAAAAAUCAGGCAAUUGCUUCAGGUGAAACACCUUUAGUUGUUCCUUUUAUAGUGGAAUUGAGUGGAUUAAUACAUGUAUACAUUGAUGCUAUGUUUAUCUGAUAUGAGCUAUGCUGUGCUUAUGUGAAAGUGAGACAUGGAAUGUUUUCCACUUAAAGAUAUGGCCUCCAAUUGAGUGUCAGGACAGGCCCCUGAAACUGGGGGUGAAACAUAAGAAAAGAAAGGUGUUUUGUGCUCUUAACCCUUAGGGCCAAUUUACAUUUUGUGUUAGUGUAUUCUUGAGGUUAAUAGUGAUGGAUAGUUGGAUAAGACGAAGGCAAUACGUAGGUUCAAGAACAAUGCUGAGCUGGCCCGGCAGUAACCUAAGGUUCGCAUUUUAUAAAUCCAGUUAAGUUGGCUUGUGAAAAAUCCAACUUCAUUUCACCUUUUGCACUUAUUCGUGGUCAAUAAUUAAUGGAAACACAAAAUUUAUGUCAGUUUAGGCGUGUUAUAAAAGUGAUCGAGAAAUAUCACUUUUAAAAAGAAAAGACUCAGACUUUCCUUCCCCUUUCCAUGUAGAAAACAGAAAAUGAGAUCUUCUCCUUUCUAAAUGGUAGGCCUACACUACUAUAGAGCUUCAAAAAAAAAUGUAUGCCAUUUUGUGAUGAGUUGUAGGAAUGUAAGAUCCUAAAUAAACAUUGAUAUACCUUCCCCUAGGCUAAUCAAAACUUUGUUUUGUCACAUCUCACAAUCAUAUCACCAUUAAUUACUUAUUGAUCAAAAUAUUAUUGCUACCAAUAAAAUUCCUAAACUCU